AUGUUCCGUGGGGCAAUGGUUACUCUUAUCUAUAAUCAUACUAUAGAAAUCCAGGACGGGCUGCAAUUUGAAGGUGCUGCUUUGACCUUGAUGUCGACAGACAUUGAAAAUAUUGUGGACUCCCUUGAGUCAAUCAAUGAGAUAUGGGGCAGCACAAUCGAAAUGGCAAUCGGGAUAUGGCUUUUAGAAAAGAAAUUGGGAGCAAACUGUGUAGUGCCUACAGUUCUCACCCUGAGCCUUGAGAAGAGUCUGGAGGUAACAUUACAGAAGCUGCGGGUGCAUGAGCUACGCCUUUCAGGUGGAUUUAUGUGGCUCAUUAUUCUCUUGAAUGUCCUCGGUGCUUACUUACAGUCUGGACUAGCGACCCUCCCGGCUAUCUGGUCGCCAGCUAUAGCAUUCAUCGCGUUUACUGUCCAAGCAAAGAUUCAGCACUCGAAUCUGCUUUCAACUGAACAAGCCUUCACUUCACUGGCCCUUAUCUCACUAGUGACGAUUCCAGCGGAAAGUUUCAUGGAUGCGAUUCCCCAUGCUGGUGCUUGCCUGGGUUCCUUCACACGCGUCCAAAACUAUCUCCGCCUCCCUUGUCGGGUCGACUACCGCAAUGGCUCUCUACCCCCGUUAGAGAAGGCAUCAUUAUCGCCUUCUAAUAUUCCUUCAUUGCACGUUGUUGAGCUAGAACAACUGAGCUCAAAAUCAACCAAUUUGGACGCCCAGAAUGUGAUCAGUUUGCAAGGGGUGACUGUUUGUCCCUCAGUAGCGGCUCCCCCUGCACUGAAGGAUAUUACCCUAAAUAUUCCAGCCGCAUCGCUGACUAUGGUUGUGGGGCCUGUUGGCGCUGGGAAAACGACUCUAAUAAGGGCCAUUCUAGGCGAACUCGUCUGCGAAAGUGGAUUGAUAACUGUCACAUCAACACAAUUAGCUUAUUGCCACCAGAAGCCAUGGUUAACCAACACGUCUAUUCUUCAGUCAAUUUGUGGGUUCCAUGAGGAUCUGGCAGUUGAUGAAAGUUGGUAUAAAGCAGUUGUAUACGCUUGUUGCUUAGAGGAGGACAUCAAAUUGUGGCCUGGCGGUAGUUAUACAAAAAUUGGUAACAACGGGCUAAUCCUAAGCGGAGGCCAGAGGCAAAGAUUGGCUCUGGCUCGAGCCUUUUAUGCUCGAAAAAAGGUUAUGCUCCUUGAUGACGUAUUCAGCGCCCUUGAUGCCACGACGAUGGAUACAAUAUUUACCAGGCUUUUUGGGAAAAAUGGCCUGCCCUUUGAAACAGAAAGAAUCCGAGAAGCAAAGGAGUCCUUUAGUUUACUAACAGACGAGCAAGACUUAGCGCGGCGGACUGGUGAUAUUGAGGUUUACAAGUACUAUGCCAAUUCAAUUGGAUGGAAGUAUGCAACUUUAUUUGUUAUUGCUAAUAUUGGAUAUGCUUUUGCAAUCGCAUUUCCUAGGGCAUGGUUAGCACUAUGGGUUGGAGCUGGUGGCGAUCAACUUCACAUUUAUAUCCCCGUGUAUGUGAUGUUGUGCAUCAUGGCAGACGUCUUUCUCGCCGGAAAUCUGUGGGUCACCUUCAUCAAGAUUUUACAAAAAUCGUCGGCCCGACUCCAUCAAGGUCUACUCGAAUCUGUCAUGAGAGCGCCGCAAUGCUUUUUUGCGAACACCGAUACAGGCGUUACCCUAAAUAGAUUUAGUCAAGAUAUGUCUCUCAUCGACAACGCCCUGCCUAUAGCGUUUAAUCAAACAGCAACUGAGACGUCCUUGGGAGCUAUAGCUCGAGUCAAAUCACUCAUUGCUUCGACUCCAACUGAAAACCAGCCCGGAGAGGACGGGAAGCCACCUGCGGUAUGGCCAAAUAGGGGUGAAAUUCAAUUCGAGUCAGUGUCAGCCUCAUAUGAUGGGGUAUGCAUGGCGUUAAGCAGCAUCACGAUGCGGAUAAACCCUGGUGAAAAGAUUAGCAUCUGUGGGCGGACCGGCAGUGGGAAGAGUUCUCUGAUUCUUGCUCUUCUCCGCCUACUCGAUAUAUCGGCGGGUCGUAUUAUCAUUGACGGCGUGGAUCUGUCUACACUUCCGCGACACGAAGUCCGAUCCCAAAUAAUCACAAUUCCGCAGGAUCAGUUCACACUCGCAGGCUCCGUCCGUCUUAAUGCCGAUCCUUCGGGGACAAUAUCUGAUGACUGUAUUCAGAAUGCACUAAAAAAGGUGCACCUUUGGUCUUUGAUUGAGUCGCGUGGUGGCCUAGAUGGGAAGAUGGACGCCGGCUCCCUCUCCGCAGGGGAGCAGCAGCUCUUCCGACUCGCCCAGGCCAUACUUAGAAAAGAUGGCCGCAAAAUUCUUAUUCUCGACGAAGCAACCAGUAAUAGUAAUGUCGAUAGUAACACGGACCUUCUGAUGCAAAGACUUGUCCAGGAAGAGUUCAAAGAUUUUACCAUAUUGACCAUUGCACAUCGAGUGAACACAAUACUCAAUUAUGACAAGGUGGGUGUCUUCGAUGAAGGAAAAUUAGUGGAAUUUGACCGGCCGCAGAACCUUCUAAGGACGAAUGGUAGCCUCCUUGGGACCUUAUACAGGGCAAAGAAGGCAGAUUGA